CUACUGUCACCCUCUGGGCCCCUGGACUACCCAAUUACUCGCUAGCUCCUGACAAUCGCAGCGGCGAAAGCUGCUCCAGGCUGGGACCUUUUUCUGACGACUUCUGGCUAACAGGAUGUGUGACAGAAAUAGCGGUAGACGGCUCCGGCAGUGGCUGAUUGAACAAACUGACAGUAAUAUGUAUCCUGGGCUCAUCUGGGAAAAUGAGGAGAAAAGCAUGUUUCGGAUCCCUUGGAAACAUGCCGGCAAGCAGGAUUAUAAUCAGGAGGUGGAUGCUUCUAUUUUCAAGGCCUGGGCAGUUUUUAAAGGCAAGUUUAAAGAAGGGGACAAAGCUGAGCCGGCCACUUGGAAGACUAGGUUACGCUGUGCAUUGAACAAGAGCCCAGACUUUGAGGAGGUGACAGAUCGAUCCCAACUGGACAUUUCUGAGCCAUACAAAGUUUACCGCAUAGUUCCUGAAGAAGAGCAAAAAUGUAACUAUCCUUCAGGCAAAAUAGGAAUGGCAAACAGCAGCACCAUGAACGAGGUCACUGACAUGAAUUGUGGUCGAUCUGAAAUAGAGGAUCUAAUGAAAGAGCCCUUGGUAGAUGAAUACCUUGGCAUAAUCAAAAGGAGUCCUUCGCCCCAAGAGGCCUGUAGAAACCAACCAAUUCCAGAAUGGUGGAUACAGCAAUCUAGUGCAGCCAUACCCUUGAUGACUGGGUACCCUGCUUAUGAAUCUCACCAUUCAGCUUACUCCCAGAUGAUGAUCAAUUUUUAUUACGGAGGCAAGCUAGUGGGCCACACCACCACCACUUACCCUGAGGGUUGCCGGAUCUCCCUGAGCCUACCACCUCAGCACCUCGAGAAGAUGUAUGGCCCUGAAAGCUUGGAGCACAUUCACUUCCCACCGGCAGAUAUCAUCCAAAAUGACCGUCAGAAGCAGGUCACCAAGAAACUGUUUGGCCACCUGGAUCGAGGAGUCCUGUUACACAGCAACAAAAAUGGCAUCUUCAUCAAGAGAUUGUGCCAGGGGAGAGUCUUCUGCAGUGGGAACUCCAUGAUGUAUAAGGACAGGCCCAACAAAUUGGAACGAGAUGAAGUGGUCAAGAUUUUUGACACAAACCAGUUCUUCAGGGAACUGCAGCAGUUUUACAACAACCAAAGUCAGCUACCUGACAGUAGAGUGAUGCUAUGCUUCGGUGAGGAGUUCCCCGACAUGGCUCCAUUGCGCUCCAAACUCAUCCUUGUUCAGGUGGAGCAGCUCUAUGUACGGCAGCUGAGGGAUGAGGCCGGAAAAAACUGCAGCAAUGCCCUCAUGCUCCAGCCUCCAGAGGAUAUAGCCCAGCCCGAUCAGGUCUUCAGAUUCCAGGAUAUCUGUGGACCCCACCAAAGGCCCUUUUUUAGAGAAAAUCAACAGAUCACCGUCUAGAGAGCCCUUGUGCCCCUCCUUCAUCCCACUGGGCCCCACCUCUUACCCCAUUUCCCAUCACUGUAGUAUUAAUAAUAUUGUUCUAGGCAUUUUUUUUGGAGGGGGGAUUCUGUGGGGAAUUCAUUUGGGGGGAACUAUUCUGAUCAGGUUCUUUAUAAACCAAGGGUCUGAAAAGGUGAAGUAUGAAAGAGGCAUGGGUCAUCUCUCUAACUAUUCAUUGAUGCAUUUUGGUAACUGGGACAGGACUGUCCUGAUUUGUAGAAAUUGUAGAGACAAUCUGCUAUUUUCUGCAUUUGGUCUGAUUGUCAUUUGCACUGAUUUUUUUUUCCUUCUGCAUCUUGAGAUUACUGAUAUUUCCAGUGUUUAGACAUUGCUGUACAAAUAUUCACUGUUGGUAGCCCAACUACUUCAGCGGAAAGAGCAAUGCACUUGGUCAGGAAGACCUGAAUUAAAACCCUGCCUCAGAUACUUACUAACUCUGUGACCCUGGGUGGGGGACGUGACCUCUCUCAGCCUCAAUUUCCUUGUCUGUCAAAUGGGGCUAGGAUAGCACCCACCUCACAUUGUUGUGAGGUUCACAGGAGAUGACAAGCUAUGUAGUUUGCAAGCUAUGUAGAUGCCAAUGUUCAAGCUCUUUGUAAACUCUGAUUAGUAUUACCAGCGAGCAGCUGAGGAGAUGCUUUGGUGAAUGGCAGCCACCAGUAGCUAAGCUGUCUUCAUCCUUUUAUUUCAGUUCCAUUGAAGAAAUAAGCAUUCAUGAAGUGCCUCUUAGGGGUAAGGUGCCAUGCUAGGCUCUGGGAAUACCCAAAAACAUUGCAGUAAGUCAGAAUGGGCCCUGCCUUCAAUGAGUUUACACUCUCCACUAGUUAAAACUGUAGGCUUGCUGUGGCUGGCUGCCCUUGCUGAUUUCUGGAUUGAAGUGCCUUGUUAUUUUUAAAGCAUUUUUAGAGGGAUUUUGGAUUUUUCAGACACUACCCCUGCCACGACAAAAGAUUGUUGGAGCUGCGGUAGAAAGUGAGUCUGACCCAGCAUUAGAAAAGACAUGGAUUCUAAUGUCAGCUCUAGGUUUUGCCCCAACCAGCUGCAUGCCAUUAGACAACUUACUUCCCUUCAUUUCUUUGUCUUUGAAAUGAAAACAUUGGUGAAUGAGAUGACAUUUGAAGGGCUCUUUUCACUCUCCCAUUCAGUGUCCUGAGGACCCUAUCUAGCUAUAAAAGGUUAUCUCUAGCUCUGUUGUUCAUAGAUUUAAAAUUUAAAGGGAACUUUCAGGUCAUCUAUUCCAAUCUUCUCUUUUUACAGAUGAAGAGGCAGGGCCAGGGAAGCCAAAUAACUCGCCUGAGGUCACAUGGAUAAUAUGAUAAAGGUGGUGCCGUAGUGGAUAGAGUGCCAGGCCUGGAGUUCAAAUCCAGCCUUCAACACAUAGUAAUUGUUUGACCUUAGGCAAGUCA